AUUUGAUUGGUUUGUGUAGUCGACAGACUCGCGCCAGUUUUUGCAGUGGGACCUUCAACUUGCCAAACAAGUAGUCUCCCGGUGCCGAAACAAAACGAAUAGUUUUAAAAAGUGUAUAUUGAGGUUUACCCGUCACAUCGACAUCUUUAAUCUGCAAGUAUGGCUCCUAAGGAUUAUUUGGCAGAGAAAGAGAAAUGCAAGAAAUUCCUUCAAGAGUUUUACAGUGAGGACGACAAUGGAAAGAAGGUGUUCAAGUAUGGAGCUCAGCUUGUUGCCUUGUCCCACAGGGAGCAAGUUGCUUUGCAGGUGGACCUGGACGAUGUGGCAGAGGAGGACCCUGAGUUAGUGGAAAGCAUCCGUGAAAAUGCCAAACGCUACACAGGCUUGUUUGCUGACGCUAUUCACGAGCUGCUGCCAGAGUACCGCGAGAGAGAGGUUGUGGCCAAAGAUUCUUUGGAUGUAUACAUUGAGCAUAGGCUGAUGAUGGAGCAAAGAGGUCAUGACCCGACAGACACCAGGAACCCCCAAAACCAGUACCCAGCAGAGCUCAUGAGGCGAUUCGAGCUGUACUUCAAACCGCCCAGUACUGCCAAACCCAAAGUGGUCCGUGAUGUCCGUGCAGACAGUAUUGGUCAGUUGGUGACUGUCAGGGGUAUCAUCACACGGGCCACUGAGGUCAAACCCAUGAUGGCGGUUGCCACUUACACCUGUGACCUGUGUGGUGCAGAGACUUACCAGCCGAUCCAGUCCCCUACCUUCAUGCCACUCAUCAUGUGCCCCAGUCAAGAGUGUGUCACCAACAAGUCGGGUGGCCGACUCUACCUGCAGACCCGAGGCUCCAAGUUCAUUAAGUUCCAGGAGCUGCGCAUACAGGAACAUAGUGACCAGGUCCCUGUCGGGAACAUCCCCAGGAGCAUGACCAUCUACGCCCGCGGGGAGAACACGCGUGUGGCCCAGCCAGGGGAUCAUGUUGCCAUCGCCGGUGUCUUUCUCCCAUUGCUCCGUACCGGCUUCAGACAAGCUGUUCAGGGUCUGCUUUCAGAGACAUACCUGGAGGCCCACAGCAUCACACUGAUGAACAAGACUGAGGAUGAUGAGUUGGGCACAGCAGAGCUCAAUGAGGAAGAGCUGCGCCAGAUCACAGAGGAAGAUUUCUAUGAGAAGCUCGCAGGCUCUAUUGCCCCUGAGAUUUUUGGCCAUGAAGAUGUGAAGAAGGCUCUCCUGCUGCUCCUUGUUGGAGGAGUUCAACAGGCCCCCAAAGGAAUGAAGAUCAGAGGUAACAUUAACAUUUGUCUGAUGGGAGACCCUGGAGUAGCAAAGUCCCAGCUCCUGUCCUACAUUGACCGUCUGGCUCCCCGCAGCCAGUACACAACAGGCCGAGGUUCUUCUGGGGUUGGCCUGACGGCAGCUGUGAUGCGCGACCCCCUUACGGGGGAGAUGACUCUGGAGGGAGGCGCCUUGGUGCUUGCUGACCAGGGCGUCUGCUGCAUCGACGAGUUUGACAAGAUGGCCGAUGCUGACCGCACAGCCAUCCAUGAGGUGAUGGAGCAGCAGACCAUCUCCAUCGCCAAGGCGGGCAUCAUGACCUCCCUCAAUGCCCGCUGCUCAAUUCUGGCAGCCGCCAACCCUGCCUAUGGCCGUUACAACCCGCGUAAGACCAUCGAGCAGAACAUCCAGCUGCCGGCUGCCCUGCUCUCUCGUUUUGACUUGCUGUGGCUCAUCCAGGACAAACCGAACGCAGAGUCCGAUCUCCGACUGGCCCAGCACAUCACCUACGUCCACCAGCACUGCCGUCAACCACCCACACACUUCACCCCCAUUGAUAUGAAGCUCAUGAGGCGUUACCUCUCUCUGUGUAAGAGGCGACAGCCAGUUGUCCCAGAGGCAUUGGCUGAUUACAUAACAGCUGCCUAUGUGGAGAUGAGGAAGGAGGCGCGCGUCAGCAAGGACACCACCUUCACCUCUGCCCGUACGCUCCUGUCCAUCCUACGGCUCUCCACAGCGCUGGCCCGUCUGCGUUUGGUAGACGUGGUGGAGAAAGAAGAUGUUAAUGAGGCUAUGAGACUAAUGGAAAUGUCUAAGGACUCCCUGCAGGCUGACAAGUCCAAUGCAACCAGAGCCCAGCGGCCUGCGGACGUGAUCUUCUCCCUGCUCCGGGAGCUGGCCACUGAGGGAGUGGCAGGCCGUGGUGGGUCGGGGGGUUUGGUUCGCUUGGCCGAGGCUGAACAGAGGUGCGUUUCCCGCGGCUUCACCCCUGCGCAGUUCCAAGAGGCCCUGGAGGAGUAUGAAGAGCUCAACGUGUGGCAGGUCAACCAGGCCCGUACCCGCAUCACCUUUGUCUGAAGAAGUCCUCCUUAACCGCCACAGGCAUCUGUCAAAGGGCAAAGGGCUCUGCUUGUUAUGAAAUGUCUGAGCUACUGACUACAAUGGCACCCUUAGAGUCCCAAUCUGAAACAUCCUGAGAGAAUGUAAUGCAAACCUGCAUGGUGGUCUUCUCUUUGUUUUGCAAAAGAGAAGUUGCCAACUGGGGUGGGGCUGCCUUGGUUAAGCAUUUGAUUGGCUAAAGUGUGUUUAAAAUGUUUGUUAGGUUACUGUUCUCAAAUGCUACUUUUUGUAAAUAGAGCCGGCUCUUCCAACCAUUUAUAAGAAAUAAUGUAAUGCAUCAGUUGCUUAGCAGAACCAUAGGGCCUUAAAGUUAAAUCAAUGCUGGGAGCUUCACUGACAUUGAGCUUCUGUGUUCCAUGUGUUAAAAUGUUGGCAAACCUUUAAUAUCCUUUUAAAAUGGCAUGAAUAGUACUUGAAAUGUACUCCUACAUUGUAAGUGUUAAUAAAGUCAUGGCAUACCUUC